AUGAAUCCCUCGACAGUUAGAUUGGUAGAAUUAUGGAAAGCCAGCUCGGAAAUGACUGUAGGUGAAAUAACAAGAUAUAGAAUACGUUUUGAUCCUAAAAAGAUAAGAAAAAGUACGGCAUGGCCACCACAAAAUUUGGUGUUAAAAGUAAAGAAUACAACCCCAAUAAUCUAUGCGAUAGCGAUAUUACAAGGACCAUAUAAUAUAUCAGCAACUUGCAUUGAAACCAAACAUAAUGAUCGUAGCAUUUUCAAUCAACCACUUGAAAUCGUACCACAAACUAAGGCUGGAAUAAAAUGUGGUGAAACGUGGGAAAUAACAUUAAAUUUACCAUACGAAAUAAGAGAGGGAGAGGAGGAUUGGAUUGGGGAUUGGACCAUUGAAGUAUUAAGUGAUAUAUUAUUUAGCAACAAUAAGGUACAAUAUGAGGUAUUAUUAUCUGCGGUGAUCACAUGUGUAACAGACGAAAUAGAAGAAUUUCAAAUUCUUGAUCUUAAUGUUAAGGAUGAGAAAGAAUAUAAAGAUGGUCCUACCAUAAUUAAUAUUCAUUCACCUACAAUAUUAUUUGAAUAUUUUAAACCAGAAGAUGUAUUUGCUUUACCAAAUCUCAAUGAUAUAAUUAAAAAUAAUAAGUCGGUUCAUCUUGUCGUGUUAACUCAUGGGAUACAUGGAUCUAUGUUGGAUGAAUUAUAUUUAAAGGAAUCUAUUGAAGAAAUGUAUAAAGAUCAAUUAGAAUAUGAGGUCGUUGUUUAUAUGUCUGAUGUUAAUCAUUCUGGUACCCAAGAUGGGAUUGAAAAUUGUGGUAAGAGAUUAGCUAAAAAUAUUUUAGAAUAUAUCGGAUGGCCUUGGAUUUCCUCCGAUCAUACGAGUUCUUCGAUUACCUCUAGUUCAUUGGCUUCUCCUUCUGAAUCAAAGAACAUUAAUUUUAAUAGAAAUUUACUAUCCAAAAUAUCAUUCAUUGGGCACUCAUUAGGAGGUUUGAUCAAUGUGUUCCUUAUAGGUUACUUAAAUAGCGUAACUAAUGGAACAUUUUUUAAGGAAGUUGAACCAAUACAUUUUGUAGCGAUAGCGUCACCAUUCCUAGGUUCGACAGAUUUAGCCUGGUAUCUUCAAUUUGGUCUGAAAUUGGGUGCAGUAGGUCAAACCGGUAAAGAUUUGGCAUUAAUACCACGGUCAAAAAAUGAACAACAUUCCGCAUCAGACGUUUUAGAUAAAGGAGAUUCAUUUCCCAAUAUUGACUCGCUUAACGAAGAACCUUUAUUAUUAUCUUUAUCACGUCCAAAUUCUUCUUCUCAUAUGGCAUUAAAAUCAUUUAAAAAUCGUACAUUAUAUGCAAAUAUUACAAAUGAUGUACCGGUAUCUCUCAAGAGUUCUUCUCUUUAUUUUAUUAAUUAUAACGGUGAUGAUUGUGUUAAAGAUCAUUCUCACAUUACUUUACUUAGUCAAUUACAACACUUGGUAACCACUUUAAUGCCUCCCGAAACCACUAAGGAGUAUCUUAAUAGAUCUUUUUCUGUUAAAUCUCCUAUUAUUUAUGAUAAAUUAUAUCAUCCUAACGAUAUUCCUCCUAUUGCCGAUACCUUUUCUACUUCCUCUGAAAGGGAAGCAGAUGAAGGUUAUCAUAAUUUGCCUAUUGAAGAACAAAUUGCUAGAUUUUGGCAUAAAGACAUGUCUUGGCGUAAAGUACUUGUUCGUCUUGAUGGCGACGCUCAUACUCAUGUAAUUGUACGUAGAAAAUGGCAAGAUGCUCCUGUUAACUAA